CCAGUAAGGCUCUGUCGUGACCUCUAGUGCGUCCUCCAGUAGCCCAGAGCCCAGCUACCGUGGAGCCCUGAGGCAAGUGCCGACACUGCCGGCUCCAGACCGGGCGAGCAGACGAAGGGGGAGUGAUGUAAUCUGUAGCCGUCCAUUCACAGUCCUCGGCGAGAGCUAAUGGGUCCCCAGAGAGAGCAGCAUGAUCAGGUGAAGCCUCCGGCUCAGCAUCGCCGCAGAUCAGCAGGGCUCGGCUGGGACGCUGGAGGCCAGAGAGGGGCUGGGAGGAAGAGACGCAGGAGGAGGCAGUGUUGAAAGUCACUUAGAGACAGAGUGAUAGUUGCGGUGAAAAUAUCCGAGCAGGGAGACUGAGAGCGGGGGUGGGGGUCAGCGUGAGUAGCAGAGAGGGUGUGGAAGGAGAGAGAGAGAAUAAGGGUAGAGGAAGGAGAGGAAAGGACUGAAAUUCAGAGAGAGAGAGAGAGAGAGGUGCGGGAGUGAUUGAGAGCAGAGACAGGUUUAAAUUCGGUCAGAGAGUGAUUGUGUGCAAAGGAGGGUGAGGGAGGGAAACAGCCAGGGCUGGGCGGCACAGAUGAGAAUGUAGGCCAAGUCAUUGGGAAACAGGACCUGAGCAGAGACACCCCUCAACCCCACCAUGUCUCGGGCCCCCCCGCCUCACGCCGACAUCCCCCGCAACCUGAGCUGCAUCUCGGACCUGUACGAGAAGGCCUACAGGGCCCGGCAGCCAGCCGGACCCGGGGAGGAGAGUGAGGAGGAGGGAGAGGGGGCUGGGGGCACGGAGGGCAGGGGGAGGCAGGCCGGGACCAGGUCGCGGGACAGGGGCAGGAGGGCCCGCUCGCUUCCAGCCCGCGCGGAGGCGGGUUGGGAGGAGGAAGAGGAGGAGGAAGGGGAGGGGGCCGGCAGGGGAGGCGCCCGCAGCCGCAGCCCUGAUACCUGCAAGAGGGUGAGGUUCGCGGACUGUCUGGGGCUGGAGCUGGCCGCCGUCUGUCGCUACAGUCACUGGGAGGCCCCCCGCGUACCCCCGCAUGUCCAGGACCAGCUGCACCGCGAUGCCAUCCGGCAGUUUGGGGCCGGGCGACAGGACCUGGCUUUCAAGGAUCCCGGCCAAGCCCGACCCCUGGAGCCGACCUUCGCCAACCCCAUCUCGUCCAGUGACUUCCUGCAGAAGGUGCGGCGCGACAAGGUGUGCCUGGAGGGCGUGGAAGUGGAGAGGUUCCGCCUGCGGGGCACCGUCCGGGUCCUCAACCUGGCCUUCUCCAAGGAGGUGACGGUGCGCCACACCGCCGACGACUGGUCCACCUACACGGACACGCCGGCCCGCUACAUCCCGGGCUCCGCCGACCUGCACACCGACCGCUUCGCCUUUGAGCUCGCUCUGCCGCCGUACCUCACGGGCCGGGCGCUGCAGCUGGCAGUCCGCUACCGGGUCGGCCUGGACGUCUACUGGGACAACGACGGCGGGCGUAACUAUUGCCUGCAGCCGACGCAGGCGGCGCCCGGAGCGUCCCCGCCUCCGGCCGAAUACUGCCCCGGGUGGAUCCAUUUCGUGUGACCGAG